AUGGAAGCAUUGACUAAUGAGACCAAGGGGCAGGAUGACUUGCGAGUUCUCGUCGAGAACUCCAGAAGGAAUGAGAAUGGAGGACAUCGAGGGCUGUUUGACGAUGUGUCUGGCAGGAUUGACGAUCAUCAUGAUCCGAAUGAGUUUGAUCACGUAUCGAGGCAUAGUGCUGAUGGUGCACAUGAGGAAGUUGAAAGGUAUCGUCUGAUUGAAGAACGUCUCAGAGCUGUUGAAGGCAAAGGGGUGUUAGGCAUGGAUAUCAAUGACUUGGGUGCUUCAGCUAAUUUUUCCGAAAUGGUGAGAUAUGGCGAACGUGUUGAGAUGGGUCUAAAGAUGGCGAAAAUUCAGUUGGGAGCUUCUUCUAAUUCUGCUGGUGGUAAGAAGCAAACUGAAGGUUAUGCCAGAAGGAAAGAAGGAAAUGCGGAUGCCAUAUAUGGAAGGAGGGGUUCAGGGAGAAGCAAUUCACAGGUUAAUGCUGUCAUGAUCCCAGUACCACAAGGACAACGUUCCAGUAAUGAUCGCUAUCCUCCCAAGACUAGGCCUCACAGAAAGAUUGAUCCGAUUCCUAUGACUUAUGCUCAAGUGUUGCAACAUUUGCUCAAGAUUGAGAAGAUUACUUUGAGAGAUGCUCCGAAUGCGCCGGACACACAAUCUCCGAAUUACAAUGCAAAUGCACGAUGUGCUUUCCAUUCAGGUGCUGCUGGGCAUGAUACCGAGAGGUGUUCGGGUGUGAAUGCCAUUGAGAGUGAAGAGAUAAAUGUUGUAUCUGAUGUGAGCUGUUUGACUUUUCCUCUUGUAUCUGUGAAGCAACAUCUGAUUAAUAGCGGUAUCUUCCCGGGCUGUGAAAUUGAUUGUGAGAAUUGCAAAAGUCAACCUGAAGGUUGUGCUGAUUUGAAAGGUAUGGUACAAAAGCUGAUUGAUGAGGGUCCUCUUCAGUUCUAUCGAAGGUUGAGAGGUGCGAAGAGUAAGGAUGGUGAAGUGUCUGUGAUCUCAAUUCCUUAUGAUCCAGUUGUUCCAGUGUGUAUCCAAGUGCCUAUUCAGAUACCUGUCAGCAUCCCGUAUGAGGAACAACCAGCAGCGUUGAUGAUUACUGUGCCAGGGCCUAUUUCAUAUGAGAGUGAGAAGGCCAUCCCUUGGCAUUAUGGUUCAGAUGUAUAUUACUAUGGCACGAAGGAAGAAGGCGAGCCAUCUAAAGAGAAGAUCACUCGCAGUGGUAGGGUGUUCUCUCCUCAGCUUGUUCAAAAUAAUGCAGAUGCUUUGGCUAAGGCCAAAGGAAAACAAGUAGUGACCGAUGUCCAGAAUUCUCCGAUUCAGAGUGGGGCACCUGAUAGUGCUGUGUCUUCCAAGGAUGUGGAAGAAUUGUUAAGAAUCAUCAAGAAGUCUGAUUACAAGGUUGUUGAGCAGUUGGGUCAGACCCAGUCAAAGAUUUCCAUCUUGCAACUGUUGAUGUGUUUAGAAGGUCAUAGGGAUGCUCUCUUGAGAAUCCUGAAUGGCGCUUACGUCCCGCAUGAAAUAUCUGUGAAUCAGUUAGAGGUGGUAGCCAAUAAUAUUUCCGCUGGGAAUGGUUUGGGAUUUACGGAUCAUGAUCUUCCUCUGGAAGGGAGAAACCAUAACAUGGCUUUGCAUAUCUCGAUUGAGUCUCUCAUGCGAAUUGACUAUGCGGGUGUGGAGUUAAGGCCUAGUGAAUUGGUGGUGCGCGCCUUUGACGGUUCAAGGAGAGAUCGAAGGUGA